UCCCUCCCUCCCUCUACAAAUACCAUCAACGAAACAAGCCUUGAACUUAAUUAGAGAUAAAUUAAGCAAUGAAAAUGGUGAUGAGGAGCAAUUACAGUUGCAGAUUAGCAGGGUUUAGAUGGACUGCGGUGGUGAUCACGGCGAUUACGGUGGGGUGGCUCAUGACGUCUGCAAACGGCGUGCUGCAUAAGGUGGGAGGCGCACAAGGAUGGAACCAGAACGUGAAUUACACCGAGUGGUCUGCCAAUGAGAAUUUUUACGUCGGCGAAUGGCUCUUAUUCAAUUUUGACAAGCGGUAUUACAAUGUGCUGGAGGUGAACAAGAGCAGCUUUGAAAGCUGCAAUGACCAAGGCUUCAUGAAGAACAUAACCCGGGGCGGCCGAGAUGUGUAUCAACUAACGGAGGACAGGCCCUAUUACUUCCUCUCCGGUGGAGGCUACUGCUUCCACGGCAUGAGACUGGCUCUGGUUGCCCUCCAAGAUCAGCAGCAGCUCCCGCCUGCUCCAGCACUUGCCCCAUCUACAAAUGCUGCUUCUCCUAAUUCCUUACCCUCAGCAAAAAUGUUCAUAUUUCUAUCCGCCACUGUGAUUUCCCUAGGCCUACAUUUAAUGUGGGACGUUGAUCUCUGUAAAUCAUAUGUAUAAGAGUGGAUCAUCAUUGUCAUACAA